AUGAAUCAAGAACGUGCUACUACAGGUCAACAUCCUACAACUGUUCAUGAAAUCAGCAGUAAUGUUGGUAAUAUACAAACAUCGAAUACUGGUAUUGGAAGGAAUGCAUAUAAUGAUUCAGCAAAACAAUCAAGUUAUGGACAACAAGAAGCUGUUACUGGAAGCCACCCUACAACUGUAGAUGAUAUCGAUCACCAAAACAAUGUUACUCAUAACCAUAAUGGACAAGGCACUGGCUUCUUGGACCCGGGAAAUAUUAGAUCACCAGAGUCUUCUACUCGCUCAGAUUAUGGCUCUUCUUCCGAUGAUCGUUCUAGUGUAUCUCAGAGCCAGCGCCCUGUGGCUGAUCGUGACGCAUUCAUAACACCCGAUCAUACGAAGGAUCACUGGCAAUUCAAUAUGACACCUGCUGAAAGAGCUAAGCAUUUAGCUGCCGAAAUGAAAAGCAGUGAAGGAGAGCGCAGAAGAAGUUCGGUUGAGAAAUUACUCAGGAUUGGCGGAAAGAAAGACAUCAAGCUCGAAUAA